CUGUGUGCUGUUUAAUAAUCUCCAGUCAAAUAUCCAAACAGGACAGAGGGGAGGAGAGAGAAAGCUUGUGAGACUCCAAAGACAUUGUAAGACCAGAGAACAGUUUGGUUUAGUCCCCCAUCAUAUUACUGAUUAUGGGAAGGCUGAGGAUAUUGACAGCCUUUCUGCUUCACAUGGCCUCCUCUCUGGCGGCUCCUGUGCCGUGUGAGGAGAAGGUAAGCAAUCUUGAGGCGGAGAUCCGGGGUCUGAUUAAGGUGAUCAACGACCAGCAUCGCUACAUUCAGGAGCUCCACAACAGCCAGGCACAGCAGCUGCAGUACAUACCCAACUCCCACCUGGGCCCGGAGAACCUCCAUAGAGACUGCUCUGAGGUGUUUGCAGACGAUAACGUGGCCAGCGGGCUAUAUGUGAUACGUCCUGAUGGCUCUCACACUGCGCUGACAGUGUACUGUGACAUGAACAACGGAGGAGGAUGGACUGUCUUCCAGAGGAGGAAAGACGGCAAAGAGAGCUUUGACCGAGCGUGGUUGGAGUACAAGCAUGGAUUUGGAGACCUCUACUCACCUAAUGGAGAAUUUUGGCUGGGAAAUAAACCUCUACAUGAUCUCACUUCUCAAGGAAACCACGACCUGCGGAUCGAAAUGGAGGACUUUGAGGGAAAUCAGCGCUAUGCUGAGUACAAGAACUUUAAACUGGAUGAUGAAAAGGACCAGUACCAGUUACAUGUGGGAGAGUACACUGGUAAUGCAGGAGACGCCCUUGCUGACGUCCGUGGUCCCCCCUCUGCCGGGAAGAAAUGGACCAGUCCAAGGAGUGGGGUCAAGUUUAGCACCUUUGACCAGAUGAAUGGCGGCGAUGUGGAAAACGAUGGCAGGUGCAUCAGACACAGCAAAUCAGGAUGGUGGUUCAGCAGGUGUGACUCAGGCAACUUGAACGGUCACUACUACAAAGGGCCGUAUCAAGCGAUGGCUGAUGACGGGGUGGUGUGGUACACAUGGCACGGUUGGUGGUACUCUAUCAAAUCUGUGGUCAUGAUGGUACGAGCUGCUGACCGUGACCAUCCGCCACCGGCCAACGCAGCGUUGCCAGGACAACUUGACCCCAGCAAAGCGGCAGGCGACGCCAUUCACGUUGCUCGUCAUCAAUAGUCAAUUGUCGUUACAAUAAGAGCUGAAAACACAGUUUACUUAAAUCACAUCCAUUGUAGGGUACGAACUGAAUGAAGUUGUGGUCAUCUCACAUCCUUUUUUGCCUUCUUAGCUUUUUAAUAAAUGUGAAUCAUUGCAUUUACUUAAAAUUAAACAAUUUCCUUGA